AUGGAUUUGAAAAUUCCAUUUCUAUUUCAAUUUAUGAAAUGGAAUGAAUUUGAAAUAGAUGUUAAGGAUUUAGAUACUAAAUCAUUCUCAAAUAUUGCAGUUAGUUCAUAUCUAAAUGAAAACAUACAAAUAGCUGUUAUUGGAUGGUCAAAAAUAUCAUCUUGGUCUGUUUUAGCUGGGUUUGGUCACUUUACUUCAUCAAGCAUAUUCAAUACAUCAGAUUUUAAAGUAUCACAAUCUGGGAUAUACCAAGUGUUUACUACAAUAACUUUUUCUGGUGCUCAAAAUGGUGUUUUUAAAGUAGCAUUAGUUAGUAAUAAUGACUUAGUUAACAGUCACCCUGGCCUUUCCAGCUCUUUUCAAGAUUCAGUUGGAUACAAAAGUUUAUCAGUAUAUGGAACAACUCGCUUGUUCUCUGGUGAUGUUGUAUCAGUUUAUGUAUUUUCUGAGUUAGACCAAAGUUGGAUAAUUCGGGGAGGUUCUGAAUCAACAUUUUGUAUACAAUUUGUUAGCUUUUACAACCAAGCUCCUGGUUUUUCUUCAUAUUUGACUCAAGAAUAUUACAUAGAAAACAAUGAUUGGAAUAGUAUUUUAAAAUGGAAUGCUAAAGAUAAGCCUGGCUUGUUUAAGAGCAGAACUGGGUUUUCUCAAGAUGUUGGAAAGUUUGUAUCUAUUUGUGAUGGUAUUUAUCAGUUUUCAGCAAAUAUUCUAAUUUCUGCUUCUAAGAGUGGUCAUUAUGAUAUUGGUAUUCUAUUAAAUGGGGUACCAGAUGGUAGCAUUACUGGAGCUGAUAUUGGGUCAGAUCCACAGAGUUUGUUAUUUUCUCUUAGUAUGUCUAUAUCAUUAAAGUUAAGUAUCGGAGAUUCAGUGGUCAUCGUAAGCAGAGGCACAGAGAGCUAUAUUGUUAAAAUGCAAAGUGGCUUUUUUGGAAUAUUGGUAAAUGAAGGUGAAUCAACACCAGGAAUUUCAAGUAUACUUACAGCGCCAAUUGAUAUAUGCAUGUUUGCUAUAAUGUUUGCACUUCUGCAGAUUUUAGUUGGUUUUUUCUUAAUAUAUUUUGCACACUUAAGUUUUUAAAAGGCAAGGCAGGUU